UUUGACAGCAGCACACCCACCCAGCCAGCCUUUCUCCUUCCCUCACUCUCCUCCUCUCUGCCUCACCACUUUCAGAGUGCAUCUUCUCUCUCAUUUGCAUUUCUUCCGCUUCCUCGUGACAAGAAACACUUCAUGUCAAAGGGCUGUGAGAGCAGAUCAGACUGGAGAGAGGGAACACACACACACACACAGCCUGGUUGUGAGAACAGCCAAAACUGAGCAGGUACACAGAGGAUGGGACUAAAGGGCUUUCUGAGCUGGAUAAUUGUCAGUGAUUGGAGCGCAGAGCAACACGGUAAUUAGAGACCCGGCACUGGUACAUCACGACAGCAGCAGCAGUUACCAUGGAGACUGGCAAGCCAGGAUUGGCGAGUGCUCCGGUGCACAUCAGCUCCGUCGCAGCGCAGGCAGAGAAAAGGAUGGACAUCCAGGCCCCUCUAACGGCUGUUUACAUCCACACAGUGCCUGCUUUACCAGCGCAGCCUUACCCUCAGCCUCCUGCAGCUGCCCGGGAGCCGGCUACACUCCAUCUGGCCAUGCCACCGCUCUACUCCAAGGAGACGCUUCCCUUCUUGACACUCCAUAUUGCUGGUGGGCUGCAGUCUCAGCCAGGAUUGAGUCUGGCAGCUGCUGCUCCUGCAGUUAGACCCAAGUCUGCAGGAAAACACGUGUGUCCUCACUGCGGAAGGGACUGCAUGAAGCCCAGUGUACUGGAGAAGCAUCUCCGCUGCCACACCGGGGAGCGACCCUACCCCUGCACCACCUGUGGAGUUUCUUUUAAGACUCAGAGCAACCUCUACAAACACAGACGCACUCAGGCUCAUGCUCGUCUCUCGUCCGAGUCCGAGCAGGGCAGCCUGGGCAGCCUAGACAGCAUGUCCAGUUCAAGAGAGACUUGUACCUCCAGUUUGUCUUUGGAUGAGUCGGGCAGCGUGGAGAAGGAGGCCACACUACCUGCUGUCGAGAGCAUCAGUCCAGCCAGUACUACAAGGUCCUUCUCUGUAAAGACACAAGGUUCUGGCAGUGAACAGAGUGAGCUGACCCUCGCAGUUCACAAUACAAAACCAAACGAAAGCGACAAAGUAGCAAAGGAAGACGAAAAACAGCGGCUGGAAAAUGAAAAACCUUCUUUGAGUGUUAGUCGUCAUCUUCCCCUCCAGAGACAAGAGGCCACUCUGUUCUCCAAGCAGUGGGAGAGCUCAGUAUCCAGAGGGAAAUCACAGAGUCAUGAGAGCACAGACUCGGGCUUCAGUGAGAGCAGCGACCACUAUAUGAGCCCCAGCAGCAUUUUACCUGACCAGAGCAUGGAUUCCCUCACUGAAUCCACCAAGGAGCAUCUCGAAGAAACUGCCAGGACGGACACACCUUCAGAAACAAGCCACAGCGGACAAGAGGCCAAAGACACCGUGAGGGAGCAGGAGACGCUGGAGGAGCGAAUAUCGAAGCUGAUUUCAGAAAAUACAGCUGUUGUGGAGGACAAACAGCUGGAGAAUGUGAGGCCACGGAAGACAGUUUUAUCAAAGCAGGGCAGCAUUGACCUCCCCAUGCCGUACACGUACAAGGACUCCUUCCACUUUGACAUGAGGAUCAAUCCGAAUCAGAAUUUUGGCUUACAAAGAAACAGAAGGCCAGAAUUGUACAGUUCUGUGCCCACUCAGUGCUCCUCCACCAUGGAGCAUGCCCCCUUAACCCGCAGCAACUCCCUCCCCUUCAGUGUUACCCUCCUGCAGCCUGAGAGAAGCAGCCCAAACUCCUCCUAUCAGAGCGAUUAUGUAACACUCGCACGGAGGGGAAGCUCUGGCCAGAUAAACCCAACAGGUUUCACGAUCAAGCCUGUGAACCAGCACUCGUCCACCCACCGCCCACUGGUCCGGCAGACAGCCGUAGACUGCAACCACGCAACAGACGGUCUCUUCAGGAAUUCAUCUGUGGAGGAGGCGUGCACCAGCAGUCUCAGCUGCGAUGGGGACGGCAGUGACAUUUGUGGAGAGCCAAGCAACAGAAAGUUCCGGAGGAAGAAAGCACAGAAGUUUGCCUACAACAAGUGGUACAUGUACGGGGGAGGAACGUUCAAAAAGCUCUACAAUGCUGAGAAAAGUGGUGACAACAGUGUUAUCAAAGGCAGGAAAUGCUCCACAAACCCAGAGCAUGAGGUGGUUCAGGGUCUACAAAAGAGGUUGUCAGUGGUUCAUAAGGAAACGAUAGCAACAACUGGCUCAACAAUAAACUUAACAAACAGCAGUGUAAAGGUGGGCCACCCAAGCUGCCCUCCUGCCAAUCUACCGCUUGUCCCUCCUGUGGAUUGUAAUCUACAAACCAGCUGUCUUAAUUCAUCAAGCAGCUCUCUCAAGGCUCCGCUCCGGAGAAAUUUGUCUUUGUCAGUUCUGCCAUUACCUUCCAUUGGAUCACUGAUUAGUCACAAAACAGACUGUGUAAACAGAACUGAGGCUGGGAGGUUGAUUAAUGAAGAAAAACAUACUGAUUCUUCCUCGCAGAUCUGUGGAGCCCAUAUUCCCUCGGACAGGAAAAAGCAAAGAACUGAUGACAAAAUAAUUUUCCCUCUGGACAUGGAGACUAACCCAAAAACACUGACUCAUCCCUCUUCGUGUGUCACUGGCAGUGUGUCUAAGCAGGAUACAAAUCUCACUUACAUCCACCCUCAAAAAAAUCCAAAGCAUACUCAGCUCCAAGGAGCUCUUUUCCCAUCAUGCAUAAUCAAUGCAAAUGCAGCGUCUGUUAGCACCUCACCAGCCACUUCCAUCCCACCUGCUGCCAAGAACAGCUUCCUGCCCAAAUACCAGCUCAAGUUGCCCAACGCUGCCGAACAUGAUUCAAAUCCAUCACCGCGAGUUGUAGAUACCCCGACCCGCACUUUCACCUCUCCUCCCACUGAGAAGGCCUCACCGUCGAUCACAACCUGUGAAAAGAAUGGCAGGGAUUCUGUUACUUCACCAGUGAUGCAAACUUGUGAAAUCAAGACAACAAGUGCUUUUAGUUCUCUGCAAGACAAGCCCGUCCUGCCAUGCACAGCUACAACUUUUUGUCAGUCACAGCUCAGUCAAAAUUCAGCACCUAGCUUAGCUGUAGUGCACAACAGGCAAUUUGCAACAACCACAAUAACCACAAGCUGCUUACAAAAUUAUCAGGCAGGAUUAUGCAGCACUUUGAUACAGUCUUCGAAAUCUGCAGUGCCUUUGCAGUUAUCCAAACCUGUUGCACCUACAGUUGUGAACUAUCCAACGACACCCGCUGUAACCACAGCAAAUAAUCAGACAUCUGCUCAAGAUCAACCUUACCUUACUUCUAACCCUCCCCUGUCACAAACACAUCUCUCUACAGCAGCAGACUUGUCGAACCCUGGAAACAGAGCACACGUCGGCCCAAACACCCCAGUCGUACCUUGUCACAUUGUACCGUUCGACCAGGUACAACCGGCUGCUCAGAAUGUGUUUCAUGUCCACACAGCAGACCUCCAGAUCUGCCUCCAGAUCAUAUCUGAUGAGCAGCUAGCCCUUAUUGAACCUCAGAUUGAGCGACCAUCAGGUUCACAGAGGGUCAACAUGGACGCAAUGGCCCCGGAAGUUGUUCAGAAUAAGGCUCAAGGCUUUGCCACCAUAGAAAGUAGCAAUGAGAGAAGGGACCACAACCACUCAGGUCAUGAAAGGGAGAUGGACAAAAGUGAGUCUUUACCCCUAGUCAACCCAAAGAGAAUAACAUCUCCACUCUCUGUUCAGUCUGGAAAAACGGAACAAGACGUUCACCUCACCAAGGACAGUAAUUCCACCCAGCUUGCAGCACCAGCUGAAUCUAUUCCCUCUGAAACUUUAGACUCAUCACUACAACCACAAAAAUAUGGUCAUGUAAACACAGUCGCAGAGACUGAGAACUCUGCGGGCGAUGUUAUGUCAACUGCCGCUUCACUCAGAGGUGUAAAGUCAGCAAGGAGCCAAACUUUAGAGGAGCAACAGGCCCUUUCUCCGAAUCGUGCUGAGGAGAAACUUUUACCGGACAGGAAGGUCAGCCAAGGUGGAGUGGUCUCACAAACACUCUCCAGCCAACACAAGCUCAGCGUGAGCUCUCUUUCUCCCAGUGCAGUAAAUCAAACUAGCAUGAAAAGAGAAGCACCGAGCCAACACAAACUUAAAAAUCAAGGAGCCUCGUGUAAAGUAGGCACAACGAAUGCCAAGGGCGAAACCUCGGCAUACAAAGGCAGCAGGUCAGAAAACAGAGAAUGCCUCGAUCAGGCUGAUAAACCGUCAGUCCCUUCAUUAUCCAUCAAUAAAUGCAAACCUCUAAGACGUUUGAGCCCUCAAGCAUCCAUCUACUGCAGUGAUCAAGUGGAAUCUACAUUGUCUGAGAAUCUGAAUUCAUCCAAAUAUUCAAACAUGGGAAGUGAUACAGCAGGAAAUCCAGACGAUUCUGUCCCUUCAGUGGAAAUUAGUCAACAUGAAUCACAGGACAUGAUCAGCUCUGCCCAAUCAGAAAGACGACUGGGUCAGUGUACAUCAGUGGAAGAACCCAAAGACACUCCCGCUUCAAGCAUUCAAAGCUCGACUGCAGGGCUAAUGGAGGGAGCCACCCAGGAGGGAUGUGAAGCUCAGAAGGAGCCACAGACACGAGACCAUGAAAUGAUUCCUGGGCAGCCGGACAACACCGACUGGAGGCCGAAGCAGAGCCAAGAACCUGAAGAGACAAACCACCAGUACUUGGAGGAGCAGGGCUGUAGUGGGGUGUUGGGAGAGGACAAGGACAGGGAGGUCAAGACCACUAAAGUGCCAUCCCAGUGGGGCAAGACUGAGUCCAACAGCAGAUACUCAGUUUUACCACAUGUGACAAAGCCAGAGGGAGAAGACAGAAAGGUCAAGGCGGAUUCCUUUAAAAACUCCUGGUUAUCCGAGCAGCAUCUUCAGCAUCUUUCCCAGACGCACUCAGGAAUGUCUGAAUACCCUCCACGGAGCUCGACAAAUAACCUCAGUGUACCUGCCAGCAGCGCUCUGGCGAGUCUUUUCCAUUCGCCACAGCCUCCCCUGGAAAUGAACCACUUCUGUCUCUCACAACAGAGCUGGGAAAGCAGCAGCAGCAGCAGCAGCAUCCACAACCAACAAACACAGCUUCAGUCAUCAGAAAAAGAUUUUGCAAGAACUGACCCUUAUCUUCAACAAUGUCAGACAUUCUCAGACCAAACCAGCACUACUCUGUCUGUUCAGCAUGGAAACAGCAGCAGCUUUUGUAAUAAACUACCGUCAUUAGAUCACAAAGAUCCAAAUUUCCCACCUGAUGUUGGAUUACUAUCCUCUAGCCAAGUUUCUCAAAUGUGCAGAGCUGCUGCUGGAUUUAUGGGAGAAAUGUCAAAGAACAACCAGAACACUGGGUUUCAAACGAAGCCUUUUACAGAACCUGAGGAGAGGCAGGACACUAUAGAGUCACCGAAUGACUACACCAGUAACAGCAGCAACUCUGGGAGACCCGACUUCACCAACAAAUACCAGUCGAUCUUCUUGACUGGUCCGCUUCAUGGCUACCAGCCCGACUGUCUGACCGGUGCAGUGAGGCCUGUGCAGAGCUGCCAGGACUACACAGAAGACACCAGCAGCAGCGACGACGAAGGAAAACUCAUAAUAGAGCUUUGAGCAAAGGCUGAACAUACCUACAUGUGCUUUAUUUGCUGUAGAUAUAUAUUUUGCAGAGGCACAGUUGCUCAGGAGGCAGAAAUAAAAGCAGUGGUUGAGUUUACUGAGUGGACGGAGCACAUGAAACUGAAAAUAUGUCUAAAAGUGAAUAAGAAAAUGGUUAAAAUAUGAAAAUAUUACAUUGAAAAGUCACAUAGUGCUGCAUUCCUUUACAAAGUGUAAGUAUAAGCAGAAAAAAAAACUCAUCUUCUGCUGGUUAGACUGUCAGGAAACUCAGGAUUGAUAUCUCCCACAUGGCAAAACCACAGCUACUGGCACUUACAACCCAAUAAAAUCAAAUUAAGACAAAUCAUCUUCUCAUAGUAAUGGAAAACAAUACAUCGGUUGUUACCAAACCACUGCACAUAUGUAACCUGAUAAAAACAGCUAAUUCAGGCCCGCUUUACAUGUACCUGGGGUGACUGCACAGCUCGUAAUGGGGAUAGUCAUCAGAGUGUAAACACUUGCAGUUUGGAGUAACUCAGGGUUUCAGCUUCAUUCUCAUUCUUCUGACAGUAUAACACAUGUAGGAACUUGCUCACAAACCUGUCAUGCCCCCAACAAGCUCUCAUCUGUUAGCCGCAAGUGUGCUAGUUUUACAUUCCCUUCAUCUUUUUGCUUCACUUCAUGAGCACAGACAUGAAAACUGCCUCUACUCCUGCUACAGAACUCUACAUAAUGUGUGAAUAUUAUGAGUUGAGAUAACUGGAGUUUUUCCUGCCAUUUUUUUUAAACUUUUAUUGUUGCAGCUGCUCUGUCAGCUCAGUGCAGCCCCAAAACAGCUCUUAUGCUCUGAAUUGUUGGUCUAAGUUUAAGUCUGUUUUCUGUUUAACCACAUUCUUAAAGGCAUUAGAGGACAUUUAAUUUCCUACGACUUUGAACGUAGCAUGCGCAUGCGCACAUACAACCUCUCCCUCACCCCCCUCUAACCUCCCCCCUCUUAACAUUUACGAAGAAACGCCCCCCUCCACAAACUUGCGUAGCACUCGUGAAGUUGCCUACAGCCGCAGUAUAAUACAAUAAUACAUUUUACCAGUCCAGAAGGAAUUUAGCAACCAAGGCAUCUGUCUUUAGGUCCAUUUGUUGCUUGAGCUGACGCCAUCGCCCAAAUGACUUGCCAAUAAUCACUUUUGUUUUUGCAUUCUCGCGAUCCAGUUGUCUUUUAUUUUCUCUGACCUCAAAAAAAUGACUUUCUUUUACGGCUGGGUCCCCCUGGAUCUUCAUCUGGACCCCCCCAUGUCCAAGGUGUACGUAAUCUACGUAACUAGGCCUGAGCCGGAAGAUUUUUGAUUGACAGGAAAGGGAGCAAACCAAACGCCUCGGUCCGAGCACGUUGAUUGGCUGAUGUUUUUCAGGUCCUGCCAUGUCCACAGUUAUUUUUUUAAAUUUUUAACUCUUUUAGAAACCAUACAUACAAGUCCACUAAAGGUCAGUAUAUUCAUUUUAUGUGAAUCAGACAAAUUAAACAACAAAAACAUCCUCCAUAAUGCCUUUGUGAAUAAAUACAUUUGUACUGAACUGAUUGGAAUCGAUUCGUACUUGAUUUGGUGGCAAACCUGAAAUCCCCACAACAAACCCAGUGGCUGUCUAUGAACUUUUAAAAGAAAUAUUAAAACAGGCCAUCAACUAAAUAAGAAAAGGAAAUCAUGGAAAAGUAUUAACAUGUUGUUUUUUGUCUCUAUAACCAACAAUCAUAAAUUUCCAAAGCAUGCAUGCCAAAAACCCUCACUGUAAAAAUAGUUCAAGGAGUUAAUUAAAAACAAAAAUAAUAAUUUCCGUAUAAGUUGCAAUCAUUAUUUUGAUGGAUUUUGACAUAAUAAUGUUGCAUCAACUUAAUAUUGUGUGUUAUUUAAACUCUGUUUUAGUUGAUUUAAAACCAAAUUCAAGUUGAGGUAACUUAAUAAAAUUAGGUUGAUACAUUUUCUCUAACCUUAAGUUCAAGAUUUCAAAUCUGCUUCCUUAAUAUUGGAACAACUUUUAAUUCAUUUUUUUAAAAAAAUAUGCCAACUAAUUAUGAUUUGAGUACAUACAACUUAAUAAACAUUAUAAAUUCAAUGGAACUUCUAGUUGGAAUAGCUUAACUUUUAGAAAUUAAUCUGUUUGAAAGUUGUGUUUAUGCUGGCAAUCAUUCAAUAAGCGGUAAUAAAAAUACACUUUUAGAUCGAUGUAGUUUGCUGGUUAAACGCAAUUUAAUUAAAAGUUGUCAUUACUCAAAAAAUUGAUGUAAACAUAUUUUUUUGGAGUGCAGGAAGCUUUGUGCUGCUUGUAGUCUGACAAUUUGGUCAUUUGGGAAUCAUUUGUGAUCUCUAGAAAUGGAAAAACAACAUCAAUAUUUAUUAUGUUAACAGUAAAUGAGCUCGCUUUAAAAUACAAUCAUGUCCUUCCUGCCUUUUAAAAAAAAAAAACGGGAACAUUGUGGCUCCUGCUGCUAUUUACCUCAACCAAUGAGAUUAUUUCUACUCCUAAAAAUGUGGUUCACUUCCAUUCUGCUGACAAACCCUUACAUGCACACAUAUUUUGCCAUAAUUGGUCUACCUUCCCACAGUGACUCCCGCUCAUAAAUUGCACUCUGUAACCUUCCCACACAACACCUGUUUGUGUGAAUCACAAACACAUGCUGCCAGAUAAUGGUUAAGUGAAUCUCUGCUGACAGUCAGAUCACCCAGAUGAAGCUGCUGUGGCUGGAGGGGGAAUGACCCUUUUACCUGUCUGGCUUUUGCAGUGAGUCAGCAGCUCUGACAAGACAGCAGGAACAGGAAAUGUGUGGAUGCGUUGGAUUUUUGUAGAUAAAUUCACAGCUAUAGCUCACGCUGACUUGCCUGUCACUCCUCAAGUCCAUUAAGUGAUUAGAAAACCUUUCUGGGUCUGUCAGUGCAUCUGUUCAGGCCUGUUUCCUGUAUGAUGAGCCAAUAGCGUUUUCUGACACACAGGAAGGGAAAAGGCACAAAAACUUUGCUUGGUCGAGCUGAUUUAUUAUUAUUAUGUUAGAAAUAUUAUUAUCUGUUUUGUGUUCUUUUUUGUAAUUUUAUAUUCUUGCUACAGAUUGCGUUCAUGAGCAUAACAGACUAAACAAAGGGAUUCAUCUCAAGUUUAUUGCUCAUUGUUUUCUGUUUUCAAUGAGUUUCACAUAAGAAGUCAAUUAAACUUUACCCAAAAAUC